CUUUCUGACUGGCUCAGACCACCCAGGUCUGGCCUCCGCAUCGAAUCACGGACCCCGUCCUGGCCGUGUGCUCCCUGUGCUCCUCCUCCCUUCUCCGGCCAGCCUGUCGCCAUCUCGUUGCAGCAUCGCGCACCUGACCGCGUUGCAAUUUUCCCAUCGGCCAAGCCAAGCCCCGGGUCCACUGUCCGCUGUCACCGUACCCCCUGGCCCUUCCGCCGCAAUGGCGGUCUCCAGCAAGCCCAGCUACAAAGCCAUGUCGGCCGACAAGCACGCCCGGCCUUCGACCCCUGACCGGGACUCUCGCUCCUCUUUCUCCUCCAUCCGCGAGAACGAAAGCACGCUCCGCCAAACAUUCUCCCACUCCAAGAUCUCGUCGUACUACGGGGCCGAGAGUGAAGAGGCCGUCGACGACUCGUCCUCCAAACCGACCACACCACCCAAGCAAUCGGCCCGGCCGUUCGACAUGAUCCAGACCCAGUUCCAACCUCCCGUCACCCACCCCAACAGCAAACUUCUCGGCUACUGGACCCCGGCGGAGAGCUUCAAGGGCUGGAAGGGCAUCCAGGUCAACGGGAAGCUCGCCAGCAAGAGUUUUGGCGAUCUCCAGGUCCUGCACCAUGUCUUCAGCGGCCCGGCGCCCCGCCCGGCCAAGCGCGGCCAGAACAAACCCGGCGAGGCCCCGAUCGAGAGGUUGCCCAUGGAGAUACUGACCGCCAUCAUCAACCUCCUCGUUCUCGACGUGCCUCCGAACGGCCUCACAAGGCGCAAUGUCGACUUGAUGUCAUUGCUGCAGACCUCGCGGACGCUCCACGUGGCGACGCUGAGCACGCUAUACAGCCAGAUCACGAUCCCCCACUCCCGUAUUUUCCGCAAAUUCCUCACGCACAUCGCCGCCCAUCCGAAUCUGGGCACCAUCGUGAGGCGACUCGACUUCAGCCACUUCAACCCCGCGCAGCUCUUCUCGACGGCCGCCGAGCGCUCGCAGGCGCGCAAUCUGACGUCCGAGACGCUCCUGCAGUGCCUGGAACUCACGCCGUACCUGCAGGAGUUCCUUGCGCAGGAGUACAUCGACGAGGAUCUGGAUGCCGGCGUGCUGCAGAAGCUGUUCCUGGGCCUCCCCCACCUUCGGGCGGUCGACUUUUGCGGCUGCACCUCGAGCGCGUUCAAGAACUCGUUUGCGGCCGUGAUUUCGCCCAACUGGCCUAAGGAACUGUCGGUGCGCCGCCUCUCGAUGCACAAAUGCCUGACGUUGCCGUCGUCCGUCUUCGAGGUGAUCCUGCCCCGGCUGACCCGGCUCACGCACCUCGACGUCGCCGGCACGCGCAUCACCGACGCCGCGCUGGCCUCGAUUCCGCCGACCGCCAGGAUCACGCACUUGAACCUCGCCAAGUGCACGCUGCUGUCGGCGCGGGCCGUGAUCGACUUCCUGGCCAACCACCCAGCGGCCAGGGAGCUGCAGUUCCUGAGCCUCGCGACGGACGCCCGCAGCCACCAGACCUUCAACGCAGAGAACGUCUCCGAGCUCCUCCCGGUCCUGCCCAAGACGCUCAAAUCGCUCAGCCUCAAGGGCAGCAAGAUGGACCCCUCCCACAUCGACCUGCUCCGCCCGCUGACGAAGCACCUCGAGGAGCUCGCCGUCGGCCGGUCGCUGACGCUGCGGGACGUCAACCGGCUGUUCGUGCCGGACGAGGACGCCGACGACCCGGCCAUGCAGCUCGACUGGGUGCCGCACUCGCUGCGCUACAUCGACCUGUCGGACUUCUGGGGCGCCGAUUUCGACAUGGCUUACCUGUUUGGCAGCGCCUGCGCCCUGCUCCGGCCCUUCUCCGAGCCGCUCGAGGUGGUCGAGCUCGCCGAGGACGUCUGCCGCCGCGUGGCCAAGUCGGCGCCCGCCCUGCGCCGCAUCGGCUGGCGCCUCUCCGAGUGCGACAGCCGCGGGUGGAUAGUCCGGGACGCCGCCGCCGCCGCCACGGCGUCUGCGGCGGGUGCGGGGGGCGGCAAGAACGGCUCGCCGCCGCGGCGCGACGACGGUCGCCGCAAGUGGAAGAUGGGCGCCGAGUCGUGGGGCAUGCGCAAGAUACCCGUCGCGACGGCCGAGGUCGGCGGGAUGUACGGGUCAUUCAUGUUUGGGCGGAAGCUCUGACUUGUGCUCUAUCUCUCCAGUUGCUGAUUUGCUUGCUUGCUUCUGGGUCGUUCGUUCGGGGCUGGUCGAUAAGCAUGGCACGGCGAAGUGGAUGGCGUUCGAUUUUCGCUGGGGAAAGGAGGGAUCACGGCGUUGG